CAUUUUUCUGCUGUCAUCUGCGGUUUAUAAUUGUUUUCUUUAGUUGUUUUUAUUUUUUUUUCGCUAGAGAUUUAAGUUAUCGCUAUCAUCAAGGGGCGCGACAUCGCCGCUUUGGCAAGAAAAAGUACGAAGUACGAUUUGUCAACGGCUCGACCUCAUAUACUUUGAAAUUAGGUGUUCCUAACCUUAAAAAAAUCUCGAUUGCAUUUAAAUCAUUAUUAUUGCACGUAAGCGCAAUCUAAUGGUAUCUACUCGAAUAUAUUAUCCUAAUCUUUCAUGUAUAAAAUGUUCAUCCAAAAAUAUCAAGUUAUUAACUUAUAUUCCAAGUUGAAAAUUCGCUCGGUAUUUUUUAAUAUUUAAAAUUUAUAUAUAUUUUAUUCUAUAAUUUCAAAACCGGUCCUGAUACUUUUAUAGAAUGUUGGCUGUAUUGAAUACAUUUAUUUAUACAUGACGGUAGUUAAUUCUCGUGUAAAGUUUUUGAUAUCAUGCUUUUGAUUGGUUAGAAUUUAUCAAACCGGCAAUCUGAUUGGAGCAUUUGAAUAACAUUCCACAAGAAUUAACUACUAUCGAGUAUAGUACAUCUUAUAUUUAAUAGUAUAUUUAAUAAUGACACGUCAAAUAAUUCAAUAUCACUACGAUUAAUUUGUUAAUCGUAGACGAAGCAAGCGUUACGCUAGUGAUAACUUUAAUGUACUUUUUUUCACCAUGUUAAAAUAGCAAAAACGGUUAUCGAUAAUGUUAAUAUUGGACAUUUUCAACUUUUUCAUACCGUUGAGAAAUUAAAUCGGAAUGUUGUAACCCUCUAUUACAAAGGCUGUUUGUAAUAAAACUGCGUAAAUAAUUUUUUAUUGUUACCAUUUCAAAACUAAUUUUAGGAAUAGACGUAAAUUAGUUCAUAGUAUUCCGAAUCUUAUUUGGCGAAUUGAAGCCACACAGAUAUUCCACGAUAUUUAUUGUUUUAUAUGAUAAAAUUGAUAUUAAUAAAAUUCAUUAAAAUUCUCGACUGACAAAAAUCGACCGAUAACGCCAAACUGUGCCCAACUAUUGCCAAAUGUACGAAUUAGUGUGGCACAGCACAAUAUUUGUGGCAUCAUGGCAUAAUGUGGCACAACACAAUAUUUGCACUAGGAAUUAAAGUGGUACUAUAGUCGUAGUAGUUAUAGUUAUAGGAGAAAAAUAAUUAUUAGAAACAGAAAUAUUAAUUAUAAAAAUAUCAAUUUGCUUUCAUAUUAUAAGUCAUCGUUAUCAAAAGAUUAAUAAAUAAUAAUUAUUUAUUAUUGGAGGAAAUAAAUCAAAUAUUUAUUCUCUUCUAUAUGUUACUUUGUCUGACUGAUAGCGCAUGAUGUACAAAUAAAGCUGAUAACUCCUACUCUUAUCUCCUGCCGUCCAACACAAUGAUAUAAUAUUUCUUUCAAGAUACAUUUUCUAAAGAUACAACAUACAAAUCAAAAUGUUUUGUGUAGUGAAAAAACAUUACAAAAUUUCAGAGAAGUUUUUAAUGAUGUGCAUCAAAAGUCGAAAAAUAUCAAAUCAUACUUUUUUAAAAGAACUUGAAAUUUACAAUACUAAUCCAGGUUUAUUUGAUGGAAAGUGGGGAGGAUCUGGUGAUGUAAUUGAAUCUAUAUCACCUGCAUCUGGUUGUGUAAUAGCACAUGUUCAACAACCCACUUUGAAUGAAGCUUAUUCUGCCAUCACAAAAGCAUAUGAUGCAUGGCCGACGUGGGCUGCACUGACACCGCCUGAAAGAGGGGAAAUAGUCCGUCAAAUUGGAGUUGAACUUCGAAAGAAUAAAAUAAAUCUUGGAAAAUUAAUUUCUUUGGAGAUGGGAAAAAUAUUUUCGGAGGGGAUCGGAGAAGUACAAGAAUACAUAGAUAUUUGUGAUUAUGCAGUUGGUUUAUCAAGGAUGAUUCCUGGAAAAUUGCUUCCUUCAGAACGAAGAGACCACACCUUAUUAGAAAAAUGGAACCCUCUAGGCGCUAUAGGAGUUAUAACUGCAUUUAAUUUUCCCGUCGCUGUCUUUGGUUGGAACAGUGCUAUUGCUAUGAUAUGUGGAAAUACGUCUAUAUGGAAAUGUUCUCCGACUACUCCUUUAACAGCGAUUGCGGUAACCAAAAUUGUAUCAAAAGUUUUACAACGAAAUGGCAUUCCAGCAUCCAUCGCUACUCUGCUUACGGGUGACGCAGACAUCGGGGAUAUACUAGUUACAGACAAAAGAAUACCAUUAAUAUCAUUUACUGGCAGUACAUCAUCAGGGAAGAAAGUAGCAUUAAAAGUACAAGAAAGAUUUGGAAGAUCUUUACUCGAGUUAGGUGGAAAUAACGCUAUUGUUGUUUCAGAUGAUGCUGAUAUAGAUCUAGCUGUAAAGGCAGCAGUUUUUUCUUGUAUAGGAACAGCUGGACAAAGGUGUACAACAACCAGAAGAUUAAUUUUACAUACAAAAAUUAAGGAGGACUUUGUUGGCAAAUUAAAAAAGGCAUAUAGUGUUAUUCUUGAAAGAAUUGGAAACCCCUUAGAUGAAGCAACCUUAUACUCGCCGUUGCAUAGUCAAAAAUCUGUUGAAUCUUAUGAGAAUACAAUCAUGGAAGCUAAAAGAAAAGGUGGAAUUAUUGAGUUUGGAGGAAACCGCAUUAAUAGGCAAGGAUUCUACGUAGAACCAACAAUUAUUUCAAAUUUGAAUCCUGAAGAUUCAGUGGUACAGAAUGAAACGUUUGCACCUAUAGUUUAUUUAUUCGAAUACGAUACUUUAGAACAAGCAAUUGAUUUGAAUAAUAGCGUUGAUCAAGGUUUGAGUAGUGCCCUUUUUACAGAGAAUAUUGGACAGCUUUUCAAGGCAGCAAAAAGACAACUGUACAUCGAAAAGCAAAAUAAAUUUUCACAAUACUACAUUACGGUACAAGAGAUGGAAAUCGAAGUUCGGCUUCACCUCGGGUUACAACUUCACGCAGUAACGGGCCUUCGACUUUCUUCUCGUUACCGUAUACUAUUUUAGGGGGCGUGCAUAGAAAUCACCCCGUGCAUAAUAUUAAUAAGGGAAUUCAAAAACAAUGGCCGGUGUAUCCUUUUGUAUUUUCCAAAGCUAAAUAUGUAGCAAUGGUAUAAGGAGUUUCGCCAAUUUUAUUAAUGCCAAUCACUUGAUGUAUGUACUUUCCUUCAUUAUACUGUAUAAAAGGUCUAUCUGUGAA